AUGAAGCACCUUCGCGUCCUAGAAAUAUCGAGUACUAGCGUGUUCGUGUUGCCGGAGUCGGUGUGUACUCUGUAUCAGUUACAGGUGCUGCGAAUAAAAAGCGCUAGCUCGCUUCCUAAACGUCUUAAUAACUUGGUUAGCUUGAGGUAUCUAGAGGCAAAUUCUGAUUUAAUUUCGGGGAUACCUGACAUUGGCAAGUUAACUUCCUUGCAAGGCCUAAAACAUUUUCAGGUGAAAAAGGAAAAAGGAUAUGAGCUAGAGCAACUACAGAACUUGAAUGAACUUCGAGGACGCUUGUGCAUUGAUAAUCUCGAGAAUGUUGAGAGCAGGGAUAGCGCCAUUGCAGCCAAUUUAAAAGAAAAGGAGCAUCUUGAUAUGCUCCAGUUGGUAUGGCGCGAUGGUGAGGACAAUGUAAAUUCUGAUUUGGAUGUCGAAAUUCUCGAGGGCCUCCAAUUGCCUCCCUAUCUUACCAGCCUGAGUUUAGAUGGGUAUCGAGGACGGUCGUGCCCGUCUUGGCCCGAAUGUCAAACAUCCGAUAUUCAGGAAUUUGCACUGACGUGGUGUGGAAUGCUAGAAGCGCUCCCACUGAUGAUGGACCAGAUUUACCGAUCAUGCAUAUCACUUGAGCUCUCGCAUCUUCCUAAACUUAAAGCAUUACAUGCCCUUCCACCACAGCUUACAAUACUCAUAAUAGAAAAUACACUGUCUCUCAUCUUUGUAACAAAAGAAGACUUGCAUAUGAGCCCAGCCGACAAGAGAUCCAUAAUAGAGGUCAUGAGGAAAAGGAUGCCGAAAUGGUUUCCCCACCAAUAUCAAGAGUCCUUAGUCAACAAUGAGAAAGAAAUGAUGAAUUUCAUAGCCGCAACGAAUGACUCCAACAAUGAAGCUUGCUCUGCAAAGCAUAAUAAGAGUGCGCCUGCUGCCGACGUGGAUAUUACUGCUGUCUGGGGGAGAUGGUUGGAGGUGCAUGAGCGAAAGAUGGAAUUGAUUUACAGCAGACAAAAUGAGGCCAAAUUGCUUCUGCCCUCUACCCUUACCGAGCUCUGGCUUAAGGGAUGCAACAUUACUAACCGCGCAUUGUCGGCAAGCCUACAAACUCUUACCUCCCUCACCCGCCUGUCGCUAGAAGAGAUCAGAACAGUAACCCGUCUGCCAUCUGCAGAUGUCCUUGGCAAGUUAACAUCACUCCAAGCUAUAAUUCUACGAGAGUGCUGGGCCAUCACUUCGCUGGGUGGUAUGGGAUCCCUCCCUUGUCUCACAGAUCNGUUCUAA